ACCCAUACUUGCCUUUUUCUCAAUUUUUAUUCAGUCCUUUAUUAUUCAAGUUUUGGGCACCCUUGAGAAUUCUUCUCAGGUUCUCAUGGGUUUUUGACAAAAUGAGUCACUGUGCAUGCUGAUUGAUACUGGUCUUUCAGAUUUCAAAUUUCUUCACCUGAAGAGACUUUCUUUAAAUAGGUCUUCUAUUGAAAUUACAAUUUUCGUCUUGAAGUAUGGAGGAACCACAGGCUGUGGAAUCAUAUUCUUCGUAGUUUAAAUUUUGAUGGUAUUAUAUAGAAAGGAGAGGUAGGAUCAAUUUCCAGACACAAGGGAAUAUGGAGUGUAAUAAAGAUGAAGCAGUCAGGGCCAAAGAAAUUGCUGAGAGGAAGUUUACAGAAAGAGAUUAUGCUGGGGCAAAGAAAUUUGCUUUGAAGGCCCAAAACUUGUUCCCUCAGCUUGAAGGUUUAUCUCAAUUGUUGGUGACGUUUGAUGUGUAUGCCUCUGCAGAGAAAAAAACAAUUACCGGUGAAGUUGAUUGGUAUUCUGUGCUUGGUGUAAAUCCGUGGGCUGAUGAUGAGACAGUCAAAAAACAAUAUCGGAAGCUAGCCCUCAUGCUUCACCCUGAUAAAAACAAAUCUUUGGGUGCAGAUGGCGCAUUUAAGCUGGUGUCAGAGGCAUGGAGUUUAUUAUCUGAUAAGGGUAAGAGAUUAGCAUACAAUGAGAAGUUGAAUGUGAUAGGAACUCAACAGCGAGUUUCAACCCAGAAUAAGGUUCCAUCAGCACCAACUACUGUUAAUGGCUUUCAUAGUAGUAACAGUACUGUAAAUUCAGAUGCAAGGACUCAAAACAAGAAUACUCGAGCAGUGCCAACCUCAGGUCCAUCUCCUUCCCAUCCAAAACCUGAAACCUUUUGGACUAUCUGCAAUAGAUGUAAGACACAGUAUGAGUAUCUGAGGAUUUAUCUUAAUCACACUCUCCUUUGCCCAAACUGUAACGAGGCCUUUUUUGCUGUGGAGAAGGCUCCGCCUCCAAAUGUUACAAAACCAUCCAACUAUUCUUCUCGCCAAAAGCAUCAAAAUUCAAGACAUCGUGCUGCGAAUAGUAACCUGUUUAAUAUUGGAAGAAAUUGUGGAGUUGUUCAAAGUUCAGGAGCUGAGGGCUUUGGAGUAAAUUCAUCUAAUAACCCAGAUCUCCAGUGGAAUCAUUUUUCCAGAAUGGCUGGUUCUGGGGGUUCGGUUGCAUCAUCUUCUGCUUCUCAUCAACAAGGGAGGAGAGAGCAUGAUGAUGCAAAGGCAGCUGCUGAAUUGAGGACUAGUAACUCUGCUCUGGGGGCUGAUCAACUCUUCAGAAGGAGAAGAUCUGAUGAAAAUUACAUGAAUAGUUAUGGAGCUGACAUGGGUAAUGGAAGAGCAGGCUUGGGAAGUGCAUCUGAACAAAGAAGGGGCUAUUUUGAAGCACAAAGAGUUUAUGGCUCUUCUAGUAUUAGCAAUAAGCUCAACAGCAAGAGGGAGUUGUCACUUCUUGAGCUCCGAAAUAUGUUGAUGCAGAAGGCGCGUUUGGAUAUUUGUAAAAAGCUCGAAGAAUUGAGGUCAAGUGAAUUGAAACCAAAAGAGAGUAAAAAACAGAAAACUCGGGUAAGGAACGAUACAAGUAAUCCUAAGAAUCGCGAAAACUCUAAUUUUACAACUUAUGGAAAUCGAAGCAAGAAGUCUUUCCCUAGUUUAUCUUCGGAUGAUUCCACUAAAAAGACCUCCGCACCAAUGUCAAUUAAUGUUCCAGAUCCUGAUUUUCACAAUUUUGAUUUGGAUCGAACUGAACGUUCUUUUGGCGAUGACCAGGUUUGGGCUGCCUAUGAUGAAGAUGAUGGGAUGCCUCGUUAUUAUGCUCGAAUUCACAAGGUGAUUUCCUUGAAGCCAUUCAAGAUGAAGAUUAGUUGGCUUAACUCGAGAACCAACCGUGAAUUCAGCUCUGUAGACUGGGUAGGUUAUGGCUUCCCUAAGAGUUGUGGGGAUUUCAGAGCUGGUAAACAUGAGAUCAGCAGAACAUUAAAUUCUUUCUCACACAAGGUUAAAUGGACAAAAGGCACUCGCGGAGCCAUUCGGAUUCUUCCUGGAAACGGAGAUGUUUGGGCUCUUUAUAAAAACUGGUCGCCGGAUUGGGAUGAGCAUACUCCAGAUGAAGAAGUCCACCGAUAUGAGAUGGUGGAGGUGCUUGAUGACUAUAAUGAAGAACAAGGUGUGUCAGUGGUUCCUCUUGUUAAGGUUGCUGGUUUCAAGACAGUUUUUCAUAGACAUAUGGAUCCCAAUGAAAUUAGGAGGAUUCCAAAAGAGGCGAUGUUACGCUUUUCUCAUCAGGUCCCUGAUCAUCUGCUUACAGGUGAAGAAGCUCAUAAUGCUCCCAAGGGUUGUCGGGAGUUAGAUCCGGCAGCCACUCCUUUAGAACUUCUUCAGGUAAUUACAGAGGCACAAACAGUAGAGACUACUAGGGAAACUGUGGAAGAGAUAACAGUGAAUUUUACAGAAACGAAGGUUGAUGAGAUGGUGGAGAAAGCCUCAAAUGCAAAGGAAGGUGAGAGAAUAGAAAUCGAUGAAUAAGCAAAGAAUGUCAAAUAAGGUUGGGUAUAUAGGUGGCUGAGAAAGCCAAUGUUUGUAGAUGAUGAUGAAAAGGCUGAGAAAUUAGCUAGUGGAAACGCUGAAGAUACACCGGUAUAGGUAAGUUUUUCUUUUUUCUUUUCCUUUGUAUAGCUGAUCCAAACUGUAGAUGCUUUUUUGCACCAUACUGGAUCUGCAAAUGCUUCAAAGUCUCCUUUUUUUUUUGCUUUUUUGGCUGUAUAAUCUUAGAACAGUCAAAUCAUGGGUAUAAAUGAACUCAUGCUUGACCAUGAUCGAGUUUGCUGGCAGCAGCCCAUUUAACUGUAUUGCUUAUGCUUGUGAGUUGUCACAAUUUCUUUCAUUUCCGGCUAUUUAGCGAUGAUAUAAGAGCGUUGUGUGAAAUGUUACUGUUAAAAACCUUACAGGGAGCAACUGGCUACUGUUCUUCAGCUGCCACGCAUGACAGCUUGUUUUGUUGAUUAAUGUUGGGAAUGGCAUUAAGGUUUUCAGUUUGCCUUUA